AUGUCAGCUAUCAUUUCUCAAAUGGUAGCGCAGCAUGUGCUAGAGGAAGUAAAACUGUCACCAAGUUUUCUGUCAACAAUGUUUCUCAUUCCAAAGACCGACGGCUCUGCUCGGCCCAUUUUCAACCUAAAGAGUCUGAACGAAUUUGUUUACACAAAACCGUUCAAACUGAUCAACGUAUUCAGAGUCCCAGACUUUCUUCAACAGAACGACUGGCUUUGCAAAAUAGACCUCUCCCAGGCCUAUUUCAACCUGCCCGUAGCUCAGUCUCACAGGCGAUUCCUCAGGCUCAUAUACAAAAGGAAAUUGUUUCAAAUGACGUGCCUUCCCUUCGGCCUCAGUACAGCACCCAGAAUUUUUGCGAUGUUAACGAAUUGGGUAGCCGAGACUCUAAGACACGAUGGUAUACGGGUACUGGUCUACCUCGACGAUUUUCUGGUAGCGCAUCAAAGCUAUCACGCGUUACAAGGACAUAUGCAAAUAGUAUUAAAUCGUCUAACCUACCUGGGUUGGCAAAUAAAUUAUCAGAAAUCUGUCCUACUCCCGUGCAAAAGCUUGGUUUUUCUAGGUAUCAAAUGGAACCCAUGGCUGAACGAGAGAUCAUUACCACGCGAAAAGAUCUCAAAAAUAAAAGAAAGCGUGUCGAACCUUUUACACAAGCAUAUGGUGACUUUAAAAGAGCUACAAAGUUUUUGUAGGUUUAUUAAACUUUGCCAGUGUCGCCGUACCGAAGGGUCGACUUCAGUUUCGGGAUACACUCGUAUUCCUGAAUCAGAAAGAAAAAGAAAACUCUGUCAGUGUAACUCUACCUAUACAAGUGAAACGAGAACUCAAUUGGUGGGGGCAAAAUUGUCACCGCACCUCUCUGAUCCACCUCCCGAUGCCAACACACUUCUUGACUACAGAUGCAUCAGACCUGGCGUGGGGAGCCCAACUCGAUGGCCUUGCACUGUCGGGAACAUGGAGCAAAGAGGAGAAAGACCUUCAUGGCAAUCAAAAGGAGAUGCUAGCUAUACUAAAGGCAAUACAAAGUCGAGGUCCGCUCUUGUACAGGGCAACAGUGCUAGUUCAAAGCGACAACAAGACUGUUAUUGCCUUCCUGCGAAACGAAGGAGGGACCAGGUCCGCUCCAUUACUUCAACUAACAAAAGAAGUGUUUCAUCAUCUAGACCAGUACCAAAUAAGCCUGAAGAUGCAACACUUACCAGGAAUAUUCAACUGUCAUGCAGAUCACCUAUCUCGUCACCGCAACCCACCGGAGUGGCACCUCUUAGCACAGUGUACAGAGAAAAUAUUUCAAAGAUUCGGAGUUCCUGUGAUAGACCUGUUUGCGUCGCAACAGGCAAAAGUAGUAGCGAAUUAUGUAUCACUGGACCUGAACGACAACCAUGCGAUGUAUCACGAUGCCUUCUCUCAGAAAUGGAACUAUCCCUUGGCCUGGGUCUUUCCACCACCUUACCUAGUUCCCAAGGUAUUAGCACAUCUCAACUCGGCCUCGGGAAUAUACCUUCUGGUAGUACCAUGGUGGGAACAAGUUUUCUGGAGAGCGGACGUAAAAGCCCGUGCUCUAGCCCCACCGUUCGUGAUCCAGAACCUACAUCUAUACCUGAUAGACACAGUUACAUGUCUGCCACCGCCAAGAGUCCAAGAAAUGACCUUAGAGAUAUGGAAGUGUUGGGGGGGUGGUCUCAAAACCUUAAACAAUGGAAUAAUGAUCAGGUAGAGCUCUUAAAGUCUUCUUGGCGCCCGUCCACGAGGAAGACUUAUAAAGUAGCCUGGAACAGAUGGCUAACUUGGACCACGAAGCAUGCGGUAAAUCCCUUCCAGCCGGCUGGCCAGAACCUGGCUCGGUUUUUAGCAGAUCUAUAUAUCGUAGAAGGGCUAUCCUAUAAUUCAAUUUUGCUACAUAAGUCCGUAGUUUGCACUUUAUGCAACGCUGAGGAUGCCGGUGCACUAAACUCGCACACCUUGGUCACUCAUAUACUUAAGUCCAUCGCUCUGAAGAAGCCAGCGACUAAGAAACCAACAAUUUGGGACGUGGACAAACUAGUGACAUACUUAGAAAGUUAUGACAUAGAUAAAAGUAAUGCAUUUGCAGUUUGUAGACAUACAGCGACAUUAUUACUCCUCUGUUCAGGCAGGCGAGUCCAUGACCUAACCUUACUUGCAGUCGAUUCGACACACCUUUCUGAGUCGAAUGACUGCCUUAUUUUAUGGCCUUUGUUUGGAUCUAAAACGGAUAGAAUUAAUUAUAGGCAGUCGGGUUGGAAGUUAAUCACUAAUACAACAAAUAAAAACGUAGAUCCAGUAUUUUGGAUUAAGCACUGUAUUACUAUUUUAAAGGAAAAACGACAGCAAGGCGGUCUCGUCAAUCUGUUUAUUAACCUCGGAGGUAAAACGAAGGUCGCCUCUCGUACAGUUAUCGCUAGCUGGGUCAAAUCGCUCUUAUUACAAGCUGGCAUAGACGCUCCAGCGGGUAGCCUGCGAUCAGCGGUGGCAUCUAAGAGUUGGCUUAACAAUUGCCCCUUAGAUGAAAUACUUGCUAGGGGUAACUGGAAAUCUCAAAACACCUUUGCCCGUUAUUACUGUAAACAGGUGGUGCCAACCAUUACAAGGCCUAGUUCUGAAUUAACAAGUACAUUUUCCCCAAUUUGUUAA